AUGGAAUAUCUGUCUCAUUGCUUAGAAGUUGUUUCUAGUUCUACUGCUUUCAAACUCCAUCCAAGAUGCCAGAAGUUAGGAGUCACUCAUUUGAUGUUCGCAGCCGAUCUGCUGAUGUUCUGUAAAGCUGAUUCAGUUAAAGUGAUGUUUGAUGCGUUUAAUAAGUUCUCUGAAGCAUCAGGUUUGGUUGCCAAUCUUCAUAAAAGUGAAGUCUAUGUGGCUGGGAUUUCAGAUACAGAGGGAAAUCAUAUUGUUGAGACUUUGGGAAUUCCCAAAGGGUUCGUAAUGCCUAAGAAGGUGAUGAAAGAAAUUCAGAGGAACAGGGUGUUCCACUGGACAGGUGGUGAUUCAAAUUCAAGAAGGGCCCCUGUAGCUUGGGACCAGAUGUGCUUGCCUAAGGUAUGUGGUGGGUGGAACCUGAAAGACCUUACUAUUUGGAAUAAGGCAGCAGUGAUCAAGCAUUGUUGGGCUUUAUCUUUGAAACAAGAUCGGCUAUGGAUUAAAUGGGUGCACAUAUACUACAUCAAGCAGAAGGAUUUUUGGUCCAUGUCUAUUCCUAGUGGACUCACUUGGACUUUUAAGGAAGAUAUGGCAAAGUAG